AGAGAUUUAGUAGCGAGACUAAUUGACAAAGAGCGAGAGAGGCAAACCAAAUAUUAUAAUAAAGGCCGUAGAGAGGGUAUAUUUAAAUUAGGAGAUAUGGUGUUGCGUAGAACACACAAACUGUCUAGUGGUACCCAAAGGUUCGCAACUAAGUUAGCACCCAAAUUCGAAGGGCCCUAUGAGAUAGUCGAAGUGUUAUCGCCCACCGUAUUCGUGUUACGCGCCGAAGACAGCCGUAGAAUCCCUAAAGUUCACGUGACUGACUUAAAGCGAUAUCUCCCACCAAGGGGAUAAUAGUGACAUAACUAAUUGUAUUGUGGUUUGCAGAGAGACGUGAGAGAGAGCAGAGAGGCCAGAGAGAUAGACGAAGGAGAAAAAUGCCUUACGACCGCAUCGGGCAGAGAGGGAUGGAGAGAAGUCGCCAUCGUCCAUCGACGGACUUCGGUGUGGAACCGCGAGGCCAAGGACGAAUGACGAGAAGUCGUAGUCAAUCCGCCCAUAGGCCAGGGGGCGAGUUCCAACCGGACACGACGGCUACGAGAGGGGCAUCAUUACUGAUGUUCCCUAAUAGAGAUGUGCCGCUUCCAAAACCGUUAGAACCGGUGAGACCAGGAGAGGGUAAAACCAAGAGGCCAGAGAGAGAGUCAGGAACGGAGGAAGGUGCAGUGGGUGGAGCAACAGGCCAAAGAAGGAGGGAAGAGAGACGGGAGGAUCUCCGGGGAUUAGAAGGGUUCGAGAGACAACAACUCGCAGUCUCCCACAAUCAGAACAAAGUGGAGAUCGUGGUCCCGUAUACUUGGCCAGCAGAGAGAAGCAAGGGGGAAAGCGAAGAGGCGUAUGAGAGCCGCCUUGCAGAGCACGAGUUGGAGAGUUUCCUCCGUCACGGGUCGGUGUACCCGACGAGAGAUUUGGCCCGGCUAAAGAGUCGCCAAAGUGAGGCCAAGUCGGCCAGACAGAAGCCAGCCUUGAGGAAAGAGGACAUGGAGAGCACGGCACCGACCCCGAGGGAAGCGCGUUCGCAUUCCCCGCAUCCAGGACCGCCUAAUCGUCGGGAACCGGAAAAGAGAGAAACGGCAAAUUCAAUGAGCGCUCAUUCUUCACGGGAUUCCCGAAAUGUAGUGACACAACGGCCAGAGAGAGUAGAGGAGAAUAGAAGUAGUGAGGUGGGAACGAAGAGAGCACCGCUGAAGAUCAAAACUUCAGGAGUGAUCUUCGGGAAUUUAAAGGCAAUUCCCACGGUUAGUGCAAUCGACCCCCCACCAUACACCUGUUUCCAGUGUUGGAGGUUCGACCAUAAGCUGGAAGCCUGUCGGAAUACCAAAAGAUGGCCAUAUUGCCUAAAUUGUGUUCGUCGAUUGGUAACGGUCGAGACUUGUCCGCGUUGUGCAGAGGCAUACGCAAGGAGAGGGAAAGAAGUGGUUGACCGAGUCGAGCGGGUCAACAAGCGAGAAGAGACAGAGGCAAAGAAGCCAACAAGUUAAGAGACCCCAACAGGAGAAGGCGAGGACAGAGAAGUGAGGGAGAAGGGCGGUGAUGACGAUCUAAUAUCAAAGAUCUUAGAGAUCACGAAAGCCCUAGCGGGACUUCCGGCCUCCACCAUAGACAAGCCCAUAAACCAGCUGCUGGAGGAGAGGAGGAAGUAGUUGGAAAGGAGGGCGGACGUGUAGGAGGGAGUUUCCGGCCAGAGAGAGAGAGAGAGGAGUUCGGACAGAGAGAGAGGAAAGGAGUAGGCCAGAGUGAGAGAAGGAGGGACAGACGGACAGAGAGAGAGUAACGGGCGAACCAUGGCCAGAGAGAAUCGAAGGAGAGGACCAUGGUUGCAACGGAUUUGUUCUAUAUAUGGGUCACUGCCACUGUGGAGCGAGAGAGAAGGAGCGAAGCUGCAGUGACGGUGGAGAGAGAGAGAGACAGAGAUAUAACGAAGCCAGUGGGAUGAGGCAUAGCGAGACGCAAAAGAUCCCAAUGCUUUUUCGGCCAUUACGAAUCGAUUACGAUCCUGUCGCGGAGAUAUACGCACGAGCGAGUGUGUUACACGAGGCGGAACUCGUGGAGUAAAAUAUGUACCCAGAUAUAUUUUUGAUUGUGUAAUAAACAAUAUUGAGUUGUUGUAAAGAGGGUGACUAUUUUGUAAGGAAAUAAAGUGAUUGUGUUGAACAGAAACUUGUGUGUAGUGUUUGAUAGUAGCAGUAAGGACUUUCCACAGAGUUGCUGAGAAGCCGAGAAGCCCGGACACGUGGUCAGGGAUAUCGUCGUGGGUAAGUCGUCUUAUUGUCCAGGUCGU